UUUGACAGAAAAGGAGCCACAGACAUUGACGCCCGAGUUAGAUCUCCACCCACCCUCUCUCUCUCUCUCUCUCUCUGCUCUGCUUAGCAGGUAAGCUUCUUCUCCGAGUUCCAAUUACCUCCAACUCGGCCUUUACUCUUAGUUGCUUCCUCUGCUCCGAUCUGCAACCGCUUGCUUCUGUUGGACUCAAGCAAUAUUAAACCUUGUUUACACAAGGUCAACAUUCGCAGCGAACUUGGGAAGUUCGAAGCUUGUGUUUCUGUUUGUCUGGUCAAUUCACAAAACGCUGUAUACCUGUAGCAUGCCAGAAGGGUGUUGAGCAUUACAGCUUCUCCUAUUGGUUUAUUUGCUUCUGAGACAGGUAGAGAUUAGUGAUGGAAGGAGGAAUAGACGUUGAUGCACCUUUAGAUUAUGCUGCAUUUCAGAUUUUUCCAGACCAAAACAGGUAUGAGGCAUUUAUAUAUGCUGACAACAAAGUAGAGAAACUAGCUUUUGGUCUUCUGGAGCAUCUCAUAUUUCAUCUGCCUGAAGUGAAGGACUUCCGCCCCAGAGAAUCGGGUGACAGUUUCAAACUCCAGUUGCCUGCAAAUCUCAGGAGCUCAGCAUGGUUCACAAAAUCUACUCUUUCCAGGUUUCUUCAUAUUGUUGGUGCACCUGAAUUAAUAAAAAAUGCUACUGCAAUUAAAGAUGAGAUGUUGCAGCUGGAAGAAGCCAGAAGGUUUCACAUUUCCUUGUAUUCACAGGGUAAACGGGAUCUUUCUGGAAAUGGGGAAACAGGUAUGCCUGAUGACAACAGCUUGAAAGAUUCUGGAUUAACACUGAGAUCUGAAGUUCAGAACACAUCAUCUGAUGCCACAAAAAACGAACUGCUGCGAGCAAUGGACUUGAGACUUACAGCACUAAGGGAGGAAUUGUUGGCUGCUUUCAACAAGAUUGCAGCUUCCACAUGCUCCACUAAACAGCUUUCUGAUUUAGCAUUAUUUGCUCAACAUUUUGGAGCAAUAGAUUUAAGGAAUUCUUUUUUCAAGUAUAUAGAACUUUAUCAAAAGAAUCAGGAUGCUGAUAGCAAAAAUGAGCAGUCAACAUGCUUGCAGGAUUCAGGGAAUGACAGUAGGAAAAUGGGAGAUGGGAUGCCUCAAACGUGUUCUCCAGUACAUACAAUUAAACAUGUCAAAUAUGGUGUAUCCCCUGCAAAAGUUGCACAACUGGAGCGCCAAAGCUCAUCAGAAAGCGAAGAAUGCUCUAACUCAAGUGAUGGAGAUCAACCAUCUAAAGAAAGAAGCCGCCCUCUUAUUAGAUCUGCAUCACCUAGAAGGUCUGCAUCUCCAAUGCGAAGAAUCCAAAUAGGGAGAUCUGGAUCAAGGAGGGCUACUGCACUAACUAUUAAGAGCCUUAGUCAUUUCCCUGUUAGGGAAAGAGUAUCAUCCAACAGAAAUGCUCCUGGGAACAGCAGUGAUGAGGAAGAAUCUGAUCAGCUUCAGAAGAAACCUGACAGUAAUGUACUGAGAAUGAGUGUUAAAGAUGCAAUAAGUCUCUUUGAGAGUAAACAGAGAGAUCAAGAUUUACAUCCUCAGAGGAGGUCUUCAGCAGAUAUCAUUAUCAGCACAAAUAAAUCUGUCUUGAGAAGAUGGAGUGCAGGCAUGGGGGAUUCUUCCACGCAAUGCUUGUCGGAGAAUGCUUCUGAAGGUGUUGUUCAGGUAACUCCUAAUAAUUUAAUAGUUGGAGAAAAUCGGAAGAAUUCAAUGGACCUGAUGACAGAGAAUAAUCUUACUGCCGAAGGUGUGGAUCCUGUUAAGACUGCUGAGGUAGAUUCUUCUGUUGAGGCAGGGAAUAUAAGAUCAUUUAAUUCAACAGAUAAUCCAACAGAUAAUGCUGUAUCCCAAGCAGAAGCAGCCUCUGACCGGUUAACAGCCUCUGCAGAAUGGAGUCAGCAGAAAGAAGCUGAGUUAAACCAAUUACUUAUGCAAAUGAUGGAGACUAAGCCUGUCAGAUAUCGAAAUAUGGCAACUGGAAACAGCAGAAGCCAGGAGCUCACUGAAAAGAAAGGUGCCUCUUACGAUUACUACAAGGAAAAGAGAGAUGAGAGACUUCGAGGACAAAAUUCUGGAAAGCGAACUGAGAAGGAUGGACAGAUUAAAGCAAUGCAGGAAGUGGUUGACCAAAGGAAAAGUGAAAUGAUCUCAAAAACUGCAGCUAGUGCAGGCAAAAAGGAUUCCCUUGGUAAGCCUAGAAAAUCAGAAAAGAAUUCCUCUCCACCUGUACAACAGAAAAAGGAAACCUCAAAGCCUGCCAUUUCCAGGAAACCUUCACCUAAAGCAUCAACUCUGCCUGCGACACGUAAGUCAUGGCCAUCAACUCCAUCCCCUAAAACGACAAAAACAAUAACAUCCAGAACCCCUAAUGGGAUGCCCUCUAACACCCCAUCAACUCGUCGGAAACCUCAGGCAACACCAUCACCAACUCAGUCAAGCCCAAAAGUGGAGAGAUCCCAGCAGCAACAAAGAAACAUUAAUGGGAGCCAGACUGACACUAAGCAGGGGUUGAAAAAGUCUGCUGAGAAGAAGCAGCAAGCACUGGUAAAGGGAGGCAGAACAACAAAGACAAAAGUCCAGCCAGAUUCUGGAGAUGAUACAGGCACAGUUCCAGUGAAGCCUAGUUUUUAUAGCAAGGUGACCAAAAAGAACAGUAGUGUGGUUCCAUUGGAGUCAAAGCCUUUUCUCCGGAAAGGGUCCAGGGUUGGCACCGGAAUGGGUCAAGUUAUCAAGUCAAAAGCUUCUCACUCUGAUGAAUCUUUGAAAAAUAGUGGGAAUCUUAUUCAGGCUGACGAGAAAGAGGUAAUUGAUGGAACUCCUGAGGCAGUAACUGAGCAGAAUGACAAAGAUUUAGCUCCACAAGUAAGUGAUAGUGCUAAUUUAGAAGGUGAAGAUUCAGCAAAUAUCCAUCAGAAAUGUGAAAACACAGAGACUUCUGAUCAAUUUGCCCCUGAGGUUGAUGAUAACCUUGAAAAAACCACAGACUUACCGGUUAAAGUUCCAGCUGAUGAGGAAUCGGCUAUCUCGUCCAUUGCCUGGGUGGAAACAGAAGAUCAACAUGAAGUGCCUCUUCCUUGUGAAAGCAGCACACCUGAAAUUACGGUUCUGAAAAGUGAGGAACCAGUGGUAUUAUCAAAUCCCCGUGUUCGUCACUCCCUGUCACAGAUGCUGCAAGAAGAUAGUGGUGAACCUGAGAUUAUGGAGUGGGGGAACGCUGAAAAUCCCCCAUCCAUGGUCUAUCAAAAGGAUGCACCCAAAGGAUUGAGGAGGUUGUUGAAAUUUGCUCGAAAAAGUAGGGGGGAAGCAAAUGUUACUGGUUGGUCCAGCCCAUCAGUCUUUUCUGAAGGAGAGGAGGACACUGAGGAACCAAAAACCACUAGUAAGAGGAAUGCUGAUACUCUACUGAGGAAAGCUACCUCUCAAGCAAAGAGCUUUGGGCAACAUAAACCUUCCUCUGGUGAAAGUAAUAAUAGCGGAAAUUUCACUAUUAAUGAUAGACUGUUAGCUCAAUCAAACCAGAGCAAGUUUGCUCCUGAGUCUUCUCAAAAGUUGCAGGAUGGCCGCAUCUCAGCUGCAGCCACUUCAACUAAGGCAACAAAGUCAUUUUUCUCCCUUUCAACAUUUAGGAGCAGCAAAUCAAACGAGACAAAGUUUCGUUAAAGUAGGGAAGCUCUAAAGUAGGAGAGCUGUUGACGUUUGCUUUAUCCGCCCUGUGUAUGUGCGGGUGAGGUUCACCUUGAUGCAAAUACUUCUUGCCUUCUUGCCCAUUUUUACUUUGUAAAUGUGAUGCUAUUUUAACUUUGUAAACUAAAUGCUACAAGCAGAUGCUUAUAGAAGGUAAAGCAUCUAGGAGAAAAACACUAGCUUCGCAGACCCAUUCACAAAGCAACUGAAGCAUUAUUUCUCCAUGUUUAAAUAUUUAAGCUUCAUUUAAUUGGUGGAAGAUUAUAUGCAGAGCUUCCUGAUGUUGCAUGUUACUACA